CAAGGUUAACUGACUUCAGUUCGGGCAAAUACUGACUGCUACUCCAGAGGCCCGAAUAAGUCCCUGAGAGAGAUCUUGAACACCGCUAAUGGAUAUAAAAAUGGACGACAAUUUUACUACACCCUCUACAGCUCCUCCGGAAAGCAGCUGUGACCUCUACGCACACCACAGCACAGCCAGGAUACUAAUGCCUCUGCAUUACAGCAUUGUCUUCAUCAUCGGGCUCGUGGGAAACUUGUUAGCCUUGAUUGUCAUUGUUCAAAACAGGAAAAAAAUCAACUCUACCACCCUAUAUUCAACAAAUUUGGUGAUUUCUGAUAUACUUUUUACCACUGCUUUGCCUACACGGAUAGCCUACUACGCACUGGGCUUCGACUGGAGAAUUGGCGAGGCCUUGUGUAGGAUAACUGCUCUUGUGUUUUACAUCAACACAUACGCAGGUGUGAACUUCAUGACCUGCCUGAGCAUUGACCGGUUCUUCGCCGUGGUACACCCUUUGCGAUACAACAAGAUGAAAAGAAUCGAAUAUGCAAAAGGCGUUUGCAUAUUUGUUUGGAUUCUAGUAUUUGUUCAAACACUCCCACUACUCAUAAAACCUAUGUCAAAGCAGGAGGAUGAAAGGACUACAUGCAUGGAAUAUCCAAACUUUGAAGAAACAAAAUCUCUCCCCUGGAUUCUGCUUGGUGCCUGUUUCUUGGGAUAUGUGCUUCCACUCAUAAUCAUUCUCAUCUGUUAUUCUCAAAUCUGUUGCAAACUCUUUAAAACUGCCAAACAAAACCCCCUAACUGAGAAAUCUGGUGUAAACAAAAAGGCUCUCAACACAAUUAUUUUUAUAAUUGUUGUGUUUAUUCUCUGUUUCACACCUUAUCAUGUCGCAAUUAUUCAACACAUGAUUAAGAAGCUUUGUUUUUCUGAUCUCCUGGAAUGUAGCCAAAAACAUUCAUUCCAGAUUUCUCUGCACUUUACGGUAUGUCUGAUGAACUUCAAUUGCUGCAUGGACCCUUUUAUAUAUUUCUUUGCAUGUAAAGGGUACAAGAGAAAGGUUAUGAAGAUGUUGAAACGUCAGGUCAGUGUAUCAAUUUCCAGUGCCGUGAAGUCAGCCCCUGAAGAAAAUUCACGUGAAAUAACAGAAACUCAAAUGAUGAUACAAUCUAAGUCUUUAAAUGGAAAGUGAAAAGGAAUAAAAUCUUGGAUUUAUUGCAAAGUAAACUGUAUGAUGAACUUUGCAGGACUUUUCUUAUAAAGCAAAAUGAUUGUUCAACUUCCAAUUAGGAUUCUUUUAAAUUCUUUUUAUUGGGCACUAUUUCCCACCUCCAACUUGGAGGUAAACUGAUAUAUGUGUUUUUUACACUCAAGAGAACAACAUAAAGCAAAGUUCUAAUUUUUAAAUGAAAGACUAUACCAAAAGGGAGGCUAUUUCAAUAACUCUCAGUAUAAAAAGAAAAGUUUUGUGUUAAAGAAAAAAUUACCCAGUAAUAUUUCCUGCUGAUAAUUUGGCAAAAGAAAAAAGACUGUUAAGAUUGUAUUUUGCCAGUGUAAAAAUGUUAAUAUUGUAACAUAUUUCUUUUCUUUUUUUCAGUAACAUAUUUCUUCAGUCCAUGUUUCUUUCAAUCUUAGACUUUAUCUCCUCAGUAA